AUCAAACCACUACAAGCCUCACUCUGCAAUCUUUUCCUGUUAGCAACUUGAGCUACUGUUUCAAGAAGGCGCACCGAGUACAACCCGGAGGAAAAGAAUUGUCUUUGAUUGGCGUCUCCUUUUCCCAACCCGUUGAAACUAAAAAUGAAACCCUCGAGAUCCUCAAAAUCAGCGCGGGAAGAGGAAACGUAUAUCAUGUGCUUCAUGAAGUUGCUGAAAACUGCCCAGCGUUGACCAAGCUAGACUUAGCUUUCGACGUAGAGGAUUAUUCAAAUGAGGUGGCACACAUGCGCUCGUCAACAUGGUCAAUUUGCCACAGUCUACGCGUUCUAGAACUUACUUUUGGGCAGCUUACUCUGAAGGACCUUGUAUCUGUUAUGGAUGUGGUCUCUGCCUCGUAUCCAAAUAUCCAACAUCUUACUAUCAAUGUGAAAUAUCAAUACCAGUCUGACGAGGAGAGCAUCAACAGUAGUGAUAGCUUGCAGCUACAUCACCUGGAAGAUCUUAAAUUUUCUAGUACGGGAAUGGAUCCGAAAGCAGAAAAAGACCUCAAAUUGACAAUGCAUGAAUUAUGCCCCCAACUGGCACCUGCAACAACCCAGGAUGGCGUUUACUUCUUUCGGCGGAUGUACGGCGUGUCAGACUACUUGGAUCAUCUUGGUGGGGAGUUAUCUAUCCCUGCUCACAAUGUAAAGCUUUCCAUUCCUCCGGGAGCGUUGGAAGACAGUGAGAAGAUCAGCAUCGAGGUUUUCACUGACCUACCAAAUGGCAUAAAUCUUCAAGACAACGAAGUUGCAGCGAGCUUCGGGUUUAGAUGUUUUCCAUCGGGAUCAAGUUUCAAGAAGCCUCUUACCCUAUCAAUACCUCACUGUGCGGUUAUUAACGAUAAUGAAUCUGUGGGAAUGGUUCUACACUUUGGAAGUAAUGAUGAAGGAGAGAUCAGGCGUAUUCCUUUGGAUAGCAAUAGUUAUGUGAUACAUGCUGACAGAAUCGAGCUUCAACUUGAUCAUUUUUCCUGGGGAAUACUAACAAUGGUCUAUAACUGGCUGUUCCCUGCUACAAAGCGAAUGUUAUGCACACCUUUCAUACCCGAGACCCUUCCGGAGAAUCAGGACUGUCCAACUCUGCGUGUGCGUUUCUACGAUCAACUUCCUGGUCUUCCUGAGAAAAUCCUUGCAGAAGAAGAAUCGUUGAAGUACAAGAAGAUUUAUCCGGAGGAAGAGCUGAUCGUGAAGGAGCGUUCUAUUGACAUGUCUAUUAGCUGCCAGUCAGAUGAAUCACCAAGUACACAGACCAAGGUUAUUACUGCCAAAGAGCUGAUGCAGCAUGCGAAGCUUUCAGUGUGUAUGACCCUUCUCCAGCGAAGUUCAUUGGUUACUUUGAUUAUUACACAGGAACGUGAAAUAACAAUGACAUUCUCGACAGACAUCAAAGAGGCAUCUCCUUUGCUUGGAGAGGUUGAACAGAUUAUUACACCACUGCAAUCCCUGUCACUUAGAGAGGUUCCUCCCAUAUGUCCUCUACCAGGAUAUAGACAUGAAGAAUCACCUGGGGCAUUGGUCCCAUAUGUCCCAACUCCAGAAACAGUACAACGUUCAAUAGCACAGCAAGAAGAGCUACCGUACCAACAUAGACUAGUCGAUCUCAACAGAGACCCUGAUUGCCUGACAGACAACCAGCUUGUGGACAUAUCAAGUAAGCUUCCAUUAGACAAGUUCAAUCCUAUAGCCAUCAAAUUAGGAUCCACCAUGACGGAAACAGAAAACAUCCGAUCAACAAGCAACAAAGCAGAGGAAAUGUACUUCACUGUGUUAACCCGAUGGAAAGAGAGAACGAGAGCGCCAAGGCGACAACUCAUAGAUGUUCUCAGGAGUGUAAAGCUUUUAGGAAUAGUCCAGUCUAUGGGUCUUGAGCAUGACUCUUCCCAAGAAGAUAGUGACUAAACAUAGAAAUAUGUUUUCUUUAAAUGAACUAGUUCGGAGAUGGCACUUGUACACAUGAUGCCACUAUACCUAAAAAUAUUGUAAUACACGGAGAAUUCCCACUUUUGCAUUUACAAUAAUCACUACCCAAGUGAUAUAGGUGCCCUCUUGAAAAAUAUACUUUCCCCUGAGUGUGUAUCAUGCAUUGAACUUUCUGUAGAUAAAGUAAUCAUGAUUAAGAAAUUUUCUGUACAUAAAUUAAUCAUGAUUACGAAACUUUCAUGAACACGUUUCUAGCAUUCGUCUCGAUGAAAUUAAAUUGAUUUGUACAAAUGACCUUUAUUUGACCAUGUGCAGACAU